GAGGCGACUGGAAUGGACCUCCAGACCUCGGAAGUCUGUCCUGGCCUGGGCACUAAGGUGUCUGUCCCACAGAGCCCACAAGGGGAUGAGGAAGGCAGCAGGUCAGGAAGAAAUGCCAGUGAGCUUGAGCAGACACAGGACCUGGAAACUUCCAGUCUCCCACCUUUACAUCCCAUGACGCCAUGGGGCUCUCAGGAGGGGCUGUCUCCAUGCCACCUGCUGACAGUGAGGGUCAUCCGGAUGAAAAACGUCCGGCAGGCUGAUAUAGUGAGCCAGACAGACUGCUUUGUGAGCCUCUGGCUACCCACUGCUUCUCAGAAGAAGCUGAGGACUAGGACCAUCUCCAACUGCCCAAACCCAGAGUGGAAUGAAAGCUUCAACUUCCAGAUCCAGAGCCAAGUGAAGAAUGUGCUAGAGCUGAGUGUCUGUGAUGAAGACACAUUGACACCAGAUGACCAUCUCUUAACAGUUCUCUACGACCUCACCAAGCUCUGCUUCCGAAAGAAAACCCAUGUGAAGUUUCCACUCAACCCAGAGGGCAUGGAAGAACUGGAGGUGGAGUUCCUGCUGGAGGAGAGCCCUUCUCCACCUGAGACCCUCAUCACCAAUGGCGUGCUGGUGUCUCGACAAGCCUCCUGCCUCGAGGUUCAUGCAAGAUCCAGGAGGCAGAGGAAGAGUGAGAAAACGAAGGAUCUCCUGGUGACAGUGAGCGAGUCCUUUGAGCAUACCCAGCGCAUCUGGCCCUGCCAGGGGCACUGCUGCCCAAACCCUGCCUGCUUCCACUACCCCAAGUACUUUCAGUCCCAGCUGCACGUGGAGGUGCCCAAGAGUCACUGGAGCUGCAGGCUUUGCUGCUGUGGCACUCACCAGAACGGCCCCAUCUGCCAACCCCUCGAUGGCCUUUCUGAUGAUGAGGCGGUGACCCUGCCUGUGGGCGAGAGUUAUGAAUUACACUUGAAGUCUACACCCUGUUCUGAGACGCUGGACGUGCGGCUAGGCUUCAGCCUGUGCCCGGCAGAGCUGGAGUUCCUGCAGAAGCGGAAGGUAGUGGUGGCCGAGGCACUGAAGCAGGUGCUGCAGCUGGAGGAAGACCUGCAGGAGGAUGAGGUGCCACUGAUAGCCAUCAUGGCCACCGGGGGCGGAACAAGAUCCAUGACCUCCAUGUAUGGCCACCUGCUGGGGCUGCAGAAGCUAAACCUCCUGGACUGUGCCUGCUACAUCACUGGCCUGUCAGGGGCCACCUGGUAA